CAUUCUAAAUCUUUGAUUUCCGCGUGAUCCUGCCUAGCACGUCACGCCGACGAUAGCGCCAGGCUUUAGUAAGCGUCAGUCCGGCGUGCAGAUCUCGGAGGUCUUUACAUGCUCUUACAGGUGUUUUGUACACAUACCUGCAGUCCUGCACGUCAUAGGUGAAUCUUCCGUCGUGGCUGCGUGUGAUUUUAUUUGCAGCUUGCACAAACAUGAGCGCGUUUGGCAAGCUGACAAGACACAUUCACCUACGGCUGAUUCUUCGUCUGCACAAGCACAGUGCCCGCAAUGCGUCCACAUCACUGGACGCCACCAUUGGGCUGUCUGAAGAGCAGAUCCAAAUGCAGCAAAUGGCUGCCGACUUUGCUGAGAAGGAGAUGCUUCCAAAUAUGAUGGAAUGGGAUGAAAAGGAACACUUCCCUGUGGAUGCAAUGAGGAAAGCCGCCGGGCUUGGCUUUGGAGCCAUUUACAUUUCAGAUCAAUAUGGAGGGUCUGGACUUAGUCGUCUCGAUGCUUCGGUGAUAUUCGAAGCCCUUGCAAAAGGCUGUGUCAGUACCACCGCUUACAUCAGCAUUCACAACAUGGCACUGUGGAUGAUUGAUGCUUUUGGAAAUCAUGAUCAGAAGCUGAAGUGGCUUCCCGAGCUGUGCACAAUGGAAAAAUUUGCGUCAUACUGCCUGACAGAGCCAGGCAGUGGCAGUGAUGCUGCCUCGCUGGUCACCACGGCCAAGAGGGAUGGGGACGACUACGUCCUGAAUGGCACCAAGGCGUUUGUCAGUGGCUCAGGAGCAAGUGAUGUGUACGUGGUGAUGUGCCGAACCGGUGGCUCAGGUGCGAAAGGCAUCUCUACCAUUGUUGUCGAGAAAGGAACUCCAGGCCUGAGCUUUGGCAAAAAGGAAAAAAAGCUCGGGUGGAACACGCAGCCGACUAGGGCAGUGAUCUUCGAAGACUGUCGAGUGCCGGUCUCCAACCGGCUUGGCGAGGAGGGUCAGGGCUUUUCCUUUGCCAUGCUGGGACUCAAUGGCGGACGCGUAAAUAUUGCGUCUUGUUCUGUGGGAGCUGCGGCUGCUAGCAUUGACAUUGUGGCUGAACAUCUGAAGGUUCGCAAGCAGUUUGGAAAGCCCCUCGCCUCUUACCAGAACAACCAGUUCAACUUGGCAAAGAUGGCUACCGGACUGCAAACAUCUCGCCUAAUUGUGAGGCGUGCAGCGCAGUCCAUAGAUGACAACACCCCUGACAAGAUGACACUGUGUGCCAUGGCCAAGCUACAUGCCACCGAUGUUGGCUUCAAGAUCACCAAUCAGGCCCUCCAGAUGAUGGGUGGUUAUGGCUUCAUCAAGGAUUACCCCAUCCAGCAGUAUCUGAGAGACCUAAGGGCACAUCUCAUCAUUGAAGGAACCAAUGAAGUGAUGAAGAUGGUGAUAUCAAGGGAUAUAUUGCAGGGCUAAACACACUGAACUGAAAGCCCUAGGCCUUGUUGCGGACCGGGGUCAACCCAACGCGUGCCGGCUGACGUGGGUUGCCGAGACAUCAGGGUUAAGUCAAACUUGGACACCUGUGGUAGCGUGGCACAACUUCGGGUGGAGGAAGCGAUGCUUACAAGUAGGGGAUAUGAAAAAUAAAACAGGUUUACUGGCACAAUUUACAAUUAUUUACGGCAUGCAUGAGAGGUUAGAAUUUUUCAAACCACGAGCGUGUUGGAUGAACCGUCAAACCAUGGUUCAGAGCAACGUUCAGCACUUUGCAGCAUCGUUUCAAGCCCUGUCGGGCUACUCCUCCUCGAUUGAAAUACCAAUCAAACGCAAGAUCAGUCAAUAACACAGGGUCGCCGAAUAGUGAUUGCAUCUCCUGACGCAAUGCUCCGCCGGUCCGAGUUUCACUGAGGAGAGGAGAAAUGGGUUCCUUCACAGAACAAGUUGGCAGUUGGGUUGCUGGUGCCAUCUUUCCCUAGAAAAGCCGCAAAGGAUUAGAGGCUUUAAUCGCUUAGACACGACCUGCGCGGUCGGUCUGGCUCGCUGUCUUACAAAACGAGCCAGCCUGGAGGAAAUGCUGGUAGGGACGUUGGCUCCCGGACCGUCGAAGUUGGCACAUUCUAAUCCCUUUGUCGCUUCGCGCCGCUUGAUGUUCAUUCCGAGAGAAAAGCACUUGGGGUUCCGGACUUGGGAACGCGUCCAUGCUAUGCUUCUCAUGGCCAGCAUGGCGUCCACGGACGAGAGUCACAACAUCCUCCAAAACAUAAAGAAAUUUUCAUAAGCCGAAGCAAUAAUGGUGCCUUUUUUACAAAACCUUCUAGAACACUGCACUGGUCAAAAUUUUCAGCUUGAGCUCGUCCCGUACCCGAAAAAAAAAAAAUGCCUACCAGGCCCGGUCGCAUAUAAGGCCCGACAAUGGAACGAGCCAAUAAAGCUGGUACCAGAACAUGGAAUCGACAACACAAUGUCAUAAGUGACAAAUAUCUAUGUUUGGGUGGCACAAGCUUCGUUAACAAUUACAAUUUAACAUACAUGAAUUUCUUGUACACCGUCCAAACAGCUGAGCUGAUUGAUAUAGUGGGUGCAAUGAAUGUUCCUACUUUUUCUGCAAAUAGUAUAAUAGUGCCUACUUUUUCUGCAAAUAGUAGGAUACUCAUCUGAUCGGAAAGAGUCAUUUAACAAAAAUAUGAGGACACCGACCACAAGAAAGAAAAAUGCAUUGAUGUUGUGGGAUCCAGAAUAGGAGCCUUGUUUUCAAUGAUUGUGAACAAGGCACCAGUACUGGGUGCGAAACCGUCAACCAGGAGGAUCAUCAAGAGCGUUUCGCAGGAGAUAUUGUAGCAAAGAAAGUGAUUUGCAGCACGAGUUCAGAGUGCAGUAAAAACGGAGGACACAAGGAGCAGAACACUCUCUUCCCUUUAUUUACAUAGUGGUCUAUUAUAAUUGAAAGCAUGCUCCAAUGAUGAAGCAAAUGUGUGCCCUUCUGUAUAUGUAUUUAGCAUAGUAGUACCUCGCCACACCAAGAUAAAUAAAGAAAUAAAGCCAAAUUCAUUAGGCUGUUGUAACUACACUAGCUUAAACAAUGCGGACGAUAUGUACAUUUAGACAUAUGUAUAAGCAGCUGAAUGGGGAAAAAAAAGAAAACCUUAUUUUUAUCUGUGACACCACUUCUGUUUUUUGUGGCACAUCUUACUGCUUGUUUUUUCACUUGUCAUUGUACAAAAUAUCAAAUUAUCAAAAUAUACCGGAAUCUAGCACGCA